AUGGAGACCAACUGCCGCAAACUAGUGUCGGCGUGUGUGCAAUUAGGCAUGCAGCCGGCGGCCGUUGAAUGCCUCUUCUCCAAAGACUCCGAAAUCAAAAAGGUCGAGUUCACGGACUCUCCGGAGAGCCGGAAAGAGGCGGCCAGCAGCAAGCUCUUCCCGCGGCAGCAUCCCGGCGCCAACGGCUUGUGGGUGCGGGGUUUACCGCGGAGGCCAGCGCGCGAGGCUUGGGUUAGCGUAGGUUCGCCCCGGUGGCGAGGUGGAGGAGCUGACAGCAGCCCUACGGGGCCGGAGGGCAGCGACUGCGCGCAGCAGCUGAGGAGCUCCCGGGGUGACCCCGACGCCUUGACGGCCGCAGAGCCCCAUUCAUUCAAUCACCAAGCGCUCGCCAAGCACAUUCACCGCUGA